AUGACGUCGAAGUUGGUAUGGCUCUUAUUGGCUUGUUCCGUGCAAGGACUCGUAAAGGCCCAGGAAAGCGACGUAACAGAGAUCCCUUCCGAUACUGUCAUUGACGCAUUCGCUAACCAUAUCGAAGGUAGUGGUAGUAAUGCUUUGGGAGAAGAAGUCACAGAACAAUCCGUUCAACCGAAAUUGGAACCGGUAAUUCCAAACAGCGAAGAUGAUCAACCUAACAUUGAAAGUUUACUUCGUUUUGGUGGAAAAGUAGACGAGCAAAUUGAUGAAGCAAACGAUCCCGUUAUGGAAGAAAAACAAGUAUCUACGGAGGAGAACAAGCUCUCAAUUCCGCCUGUAAUUGAAGACGAAAAGCAUGAAGAGAACUCAACUCCAGAAAUUCCUUGCCCAAAAUCAUGUCUAUGUAGUAUUGAAGGGCACGAAAAUAAUUUGGUUGUUAAUUGCGCUGGAUCUUCUUUGACGGAGUUUCCUUCACCUCUCGACUCAAGAACGUCGACGUUGAAUUUGAACAAUAACAAAUUAACGGAAAUACCCAAUGACAUAUCAGCCCUCAAAAACUUAAAAGUUUUAAACGCAAAUGAUAACUCUAUUAUGGAACUGUCACCCGGCUCUAUAAGUGAGCUGCCAGAAUUAAUUAAGUUAGACUUGGCAAACAACCGUCUAAUUGAGUAUCCCCAGGAUUUGAAAAACAGUAUUAUAUUAACAAAAUUGGAGGAAUUAGAUUUAGGUGGCAACGAUAUACGAACGGUUCUAACACCAGAACUGUUUUCACCUCUCAAAUCAUUGCGAAAGGUUACACUGCCAACGACGAAGACAGAUUUCUUGGAAGAUUUAUGCAUAGCAUUUAAAUCAUCUUUGGAAACAGUUUGUGCAGAAUCGUGUAAGGAACACACCUUUGAAUGUCCCGAUGCUACUGCAAACAUUGAAAAGGACUUGUUUGAUGCUACUUUACCUGGAAUGAUAGCGUUUGAUACAAUACACAGCCAAGAAACUUCAGAUACCGUUGCCAAGAACGACACAAAGAUUGAGAUAUUAGCACCAGAACCAACAAAAGAACCUGAAAUUACUUCUACGACAACUGAAUUUUCUUUACGCUCCGCUGUCAACGAAGAGCCAUUGGACAAAAAAGCGUUUAACUCUCUGGUAGAGGCACCAAAAGAUACAGUACACGAUGAAACUGAAGUUAAAAUAGGGGCUAAAACAUCAGAAACACCCAAACAAGCAGGCGGUGUUGACAGGAGCGUUAUAGGGAUUGUCAUAGCUGGUAUGAUCGUCGUUGUUGCUGCAAUCGCGAUUAAGAAGAAUUGGAGCUCUAUCAGAAAGAAAUUCAGUUCGAACCCGCGACCCAAUGAUCGCACCCCCCACACAAAUGGAAACGCUCCAGAAGAAGUUCCCCUACAAGAAAAAGCAAAUGAUAAGUCGCCGGUUUAA